AUGCAUUCACAUGCCCUCAAUCUCGUUACAGUUCUAGUGUUAUUUGUAGCAAGGAUACUCUAUACAUGGAGGAAGAAAUCUGCGUGUAUUCUCCCUCCUGGGCCAAAAGGCCUACCUGUCUUGGGUAAUGUUAUGGACAUACCUAAAAGUCACGAGUGGAUCACAUACGAGACGUGGGGGAAAGAAUUUCGCUCUGAUAUCAUCCAUGCGGAAGCUCUUGGGACACAUCUGAUAAUCCUGAACUCUGCGAAAGCGGCGAGGGAGCUAUUAGAAAGAAGGUCGUCACUCUACUCUGAUAGGUAUACUAGUGACCAACAUUCAAUGAAAUCUAGUCUCAACUUUGCCUGGUCAUUGGCAAGCUCCGGAUAUGGUCCACAAUGGAGAAAUUUGCGUCGAGAAUUCCACCGCUAUUUUCACCCCACCGCUGCGUGCCAAUAUCAUACAAUCGAGUCCCAUGCGACAUUGGAACUACUGUACCGGCUUCUGAAAACACCAAACGAUUUCAUGUCACAUAUACGACACAUGGCAGGGCAGACGAUUAUUAAGAUCGCGUACGGAAUCGACGUGCAGCCAAAGAAUGACCCAUAUAUUGAGGCCGCAGAAGAGGCGCUCAAAGCUUUCGCAUUUGGAAGCACUACACGAGCGGGCAUGUUCGAUACCUUUCCCAUGUUGGCAAAGCUCCCUGCGUGGGUCCCUGGUAACUCAUUCCGCCGAGAGGCAGACAAGUGGGCGAUCUCUGUCUCGCACGGAAUCGAGAAGCCGUACCGUUCCAUGAAGGAUGCUGCUCUGGCGCAGACACAGUACGCUCCUCUUCUUUUUUCUUCUCUUUCAUUUACUAACUAUAAAAUAACUGGUUUUUUGAAGACUGUAUCGGCAAUCGAGACCUUCAUUCUAGCCAUGGUCCUAUAUCCGGAAGCGCAGAGAAAAGCCCAAGCUGAGCUUGAUAACGUCGUCGGGACACACCGCUUACCGGAUUUCACGGACGAAAGUGAGCUACCGUACGUGACUGCACUGAUGAAAGAGGUAUUGCGAUGGCGACCAGUGGCCCCUCUCGCGAUUCCUCACCGGGUCGUCUGCGACGAUGUUUAUGAAGGGUACUUCAUCCCCGCUGGGUCGAUUGUCAUAGGCAACACCUGGGCGAUGCUACACGACGAAAACGUCUUUCCCGACCCUGACCCCUUCAAGCCUGAACGCUUCCUCGCCAACCCUAAGCACACUCUUUUCCCUGACGCCGCAUUCGGAUUCGGCAGACGAAUCUGCCCCGCGCGAUACAUGGCGCGCGACGCUCUAUGGAUAGCCAUUGCGUCAAUCCUUGCGACAUUUAACAUCUCGAAGGCACGCGAUGAAGAAGGGAACGAAAUCGAGCCUACCGACGAGUAUACACCGGGAUUCAUCUCGUAUCCGGUUCCAUUCAAGUGCGCAAUCCGACCGAGGUCAAUGGCCUCAGAGCAACUGAUACGAGGGUCAGAGAUGUAG